UCCGCCGACUCUGUGAGCCCAUUCGGCGAAGAUGGCGAGCGGAGGGAUCUCGGUCGCUUCGCUGUGGACCGAAGUGAACCGCUGUGGGCAGAAUGGAGACUUUACAAGAGCCCUUAAAGCUGUGACUAAAAUUGUGCAAGACAACAGGGAGGAUGUGACGGCUCUUCACUGUAAAUUAGUUUGCCUCGUUCAGAACGGCAGCUUCAAAGAGGCGCUGAAUGUCAUGAACACUCAUUCAAAACUGCUCGGCGGUGACGUUGUGUUUGAGAAGGCGUACUGCGAGUACCGUCUGAACCGAGUGGAAAGCGCCCUGAAGACCAUCGAGUCUGCUCCUGAACAGACAGACAAGCUGAAGGAGCUUUAUGGUCAAGUGCUGUACAGGAUGGAGCGCUACGAUGACUGCAAGUCCGUCUACACUGACCUGAUCAGAAACUCCCAGGACGAGUACGAGGAGGAGAGGAAGACCAACCUCUCUGCUGUGGUGGCGUCUAUGAGUCAGUGGGAGGAAGCGCCAUUGGAGGAUCUGGGUCUCCCUGAGUCCACGUAUGAGCUGUGCUACAACGCUGCCUGCGCUCUGAUUGGUCAAGGACAGCUGACAGAGGCGCUCGGGAAACUACAGGAAGCAGAGGAGCUGUGCAGAGUGUCUUUGGCAGAGGAUUCUGAUGUGACUGAGGAGGACAUCGAGUCAGAGCUGGCUGUAAUCCACUCUCAGAUGGCGUACGUCAUGCAGUUACAGGGCCGGACGGACGAGGCUCUGCAGCUCUACAACCAGGUCAUCAAGCUCAAGCCGUCAGACGUGGGGCUGCUCGCUGUGACUGCCAACAAUAUCAUUACAAUAAACAAGGACCAAAACGUGUUUGACUCUAAGAAAAAGGUGAAGCUGACGAACGCUGAAGGUGUGGAGUACAAGCUGGCCAAGAAGCAGCUGCAGGCCAUCGACUUCAACAAAUCCCUGCUGGCCAUGUACACCAACCAGGCUGAGCAGUGCAGGAAACUGUCGUCCAGUCUCCAGGCUCAGAACCCGGGUCACCCCCGGCCGGUCCUGAUCCAGGUGGCUCAGCUGUGCCGAGAGAAGCAGCACAGCCGGGCCAUCGAGCUGCUGCAGCAAUUCUCAGACCAACAUCCAGAGAGUGCGUCUGGCAUCAAACUGACAAUGGCACAACUCUAUUUAAUACAAGGUCACGUAACAAAAGCUUGUGAUGUUCUAAGGUCCAUUGAAGAGUUCAAGCACAAAUCGGGGAUGAUUUCCGCUCUGGUAACGAUGUACUCCCAUGAAGAAGACAUCGACAGCGCUAUCGAGGUUUUCAAACAAGGGAUCGACCAUUACCAGUCUGAGCAGUCCGGAUCUGCUGCUCACUUGGCUCUUGUACGAGAAGCUGCCAAUUUCAAACUGAAGCACGGUCGGAAAAAAGAAGCCAUCAGUGAUCUGGAGCAGCUGUGGAAGCAAAACACUAAGGACAUCCACACACUGGCACAACUCAUCUCUGCGUACUCUCUGGUGGACACAGAUAAAGCCAAAUCCCUCAGCAAACACCUCCCCUCCGCAGAGACGAUGGCCUUAAAUGUGGACGUUGACGAACUGGAGAACUCCCACGGAGCAAACUACGUCAGGAAAAAGGCAGCUAAGGUCAUCGGAGAAAACCUUCCCAAAGAACAGAGCCAAGGCGACAUCAAAAAGAAGAAGAAGAAAAAGAAAGGCAAACUGCCCAAGAACUGCGACCUCUCAGCGACCCCUGACAUGGAGCGGUGGCUGCCCAUGAGGGAGCGUACCUACUACAGAGGCAAGAAGAAGGGCAAGAAGAAGGACACGAUAGGAAAAGGAACACAGGGAGCGACAGCAGGAGCUUCGGCCGAGCUGGAUGCCAGUAAGACGGCCAGCAGCCCCCCCACCUCCCCUAGACCCGGCUCUGCGUCUGGCUCCUCCACGGCCCCCGCCAGCAACGUGGUUCCCCCCCGACAGCAGAAACCUGCAGCGCCGGGGGCAACGCGCAAGAAGGUACCACAGAAGAAGAAGAAAGGAGGCAAAGGAGGCUGGUAGUCGGAGGGAAGCAUCACGUGACACACCGCUGCCUCACAGAGAAAUCAGCUUUUUUUAUGUUUUUUUUUAUUUUUGUUCUGGCCAUUCAUUGAAUUAUGUGAAACCAAAAGCUCCCCUCUGCUGUUCUGUGUCAUUCAUUUGUGUUAAAAGUACAAAGAAGAGUAUUUCAAGGACGUUUCUACACAAAUUAACUUUUUGUUGCUCUGCAAAAGCAAGUGGUUUUACUCUCGACCUUGUGAGGUCACAAUUAAAAAGACAGAUAUUGCCAUUUUGUUUUCAUUAAAGUUUCAGAUGAAUGGUAAAAUGCUUUUUUUGUUUACUUUUACCUGGUGCUCCGUCUUUUUUUUAUUCCAAAUUGCUCACAUUUGUCCCCUUGUAAUUUACAAAGACCUUCAGACGCAUCUCUAAAUGUCUUUAUUAAAAAAAUGGUGAAUCCACUCACCCUCUAUUCAAUGAAAUCACUGAAAGCCUGUCACUGCUGACAUCAAAACAUAUUCAAUGCAUUUUCUUAAUAUUUUACCAUGUGGUGGUUAGGAUGAUAGAAACUGCCUUUUCAAGCUAACAUGGAGUACAUUUUUGGGAGAAUUGUCCUUAAUAUUUCUUGAUUCGGAGAAAUAAGAUAUCACACUCUGGCUGUUUGCUUCAUGUUUUCUUAAAUUGUCCCUUUUACUUUCAAUCGGCUACAAAAAGUGAAUAUUUAUUUUGUAAUCCCUGUGUUGGUCUAAAUUCAAGCAAAACCCAGAGCUUGUUUUCAGACCAAACAGGUGAUCCCUUUUUGUUAAGUCUUAAUAAAACCCUUAACAAAGA